AUGGCUCCGAAUAAUAAGCCUGUACUCCCCCCUCUCAAGACACCUAAAACAAUGACGUUCCCUUCCGAGCUCAGUCCCUUCACUGCCACUUCCACUUCCACUUCCACGCCUACCAUAAAGCGUGAAGAUGGAUUUAGCGAGCCAAGCAGCAUAUCAUCACUCACCCCGCCAUCUUCCUAUGUUGAGUUUCUUAAAGCUCUCACACCGGUCUUCGAGACUCCUAUCAGUGCGGGUCCAGACUUUCGGCGAUUCAACUACGAGCAAAUCAACUUUGAGCGAAAGCGGCGUCCUUCUCCAAUCUCGGUGCCAUCCAACACAACAAGUGAGGGCCCCAAAACUACCAGUGCCGCCUUCCAACCACUAUCGCCUACGACCAGCCAAAAGUCUGCCACAAGCCCGCAAUCUGCAAGGCUCCCCACCACCCUAAGACGACUCCGCAUCCCCACCACAUGUGUCUACUCUCCCCUUAGCGACUCCCCCGGGAGCGUACGAACACCGGGAAGCGCACGUACACCUGGUAGUGCACGCACGCUCCACUCACCAUUUGGGUCAUCGGAUUGGAAAAUUCGCUACAUCGAGACACCAAGAAGUGCUGGCGGAAAGUCGGUCAGUGUGCGCCAGGUUGUAACACGAACCGUGACAUACAAACGGACGCACUUGGAGCCUCCACCAAAGGGAAAGAGACGCAAGACCGCGGACACUCGGGACGAAUAA